AUGGGAAAGAAGAAUAGUGAGAUUAUGAUAGGGGGAGAUAUGUUCAGCGAAACAAUGAGAGAAGCUCAAAGAGCUUACAGGUCCAAAGAAUGGGACAAGUUCAAGGAAAUCUUUGCUGAUAAUAAGACAGAGUUGCUAGAGAAUCUUGACUUGUUGGGGAACACCGCCAUUAACAUGGCAGCUCGCUCUGAUAAUCCAGAACUGUUGAAGGGGUUGCUGGGAAAGCUAUCUGAAGAAGAAAGGUGGCGCGCCGUGAGAAAGAAGAACCGUCAAGGCAACACCCUUCUCCAUAUAAUCGCCGAGGCUUGCAAGAUGGUGGAGAUGGCCGACAUCGUACUUGAUUUCGAAAAGACCACUCCUUUGCCGCCGGAGCUGGUAGUGGAGGAGAAGGCGGAGAUGGCAGAGCUAUCAUCAAGGGAGAAGAAGGAGCAAGAGGAGGAGAAGAGAAGGCCAUUGUUGGAGUGGAAAAACUUAAAAGGUGAAACGCCAGUGUUCAAAGCUGCUAAGUUCGGUAACCUCAAGAUGCUAACCCAUUUGGUCAAGCGUGCAGAAGAUCAGCCUCAGACUAACCUGGAAAUUCAUCAAGAAAGCCCUAAAGAGACCAUUCUACAUGCUAGUUUGAACGCGCAAUCCUUUGAUGUAGCUCUCUGGAUAAUCAUGAAAAUGGACAAGAAUAAUGAUCUAGCUGGGAAGCAGAAUAAAAAUGAUCUGACUUGCCUUCAGCUUCUUGCCAGAAUGCCUGGUUCUUUUCAGAGUCGUUAUGAUCCCCAGGAAUUCACCACCAAACUCGUCUAUAGAUUGCUUCCCGAUGAAGGAUACGACAUUGAAGGUUGCAACAGCUUUGAUCAGUUGCUUAGGGGAGACUUAGAAACUGGCGGACAGCAUGAUGCCAGGCCACCACCUCCAGGUCAUCUUUCAAGGGCCAAUUACGCAGUUUGGAAAUAUCUAGCUGAAGUAUUCGAGUGGAUUGAGUCGAUCUGGGAAAUAAAGAAGAAACAUCAAUUAGCAGAACGUGUGGCCCAGGUUCUUGUGAGGCGCGACUACUCGUGGCAGAGUUCUUAUUAUAACCAACCUCACGAUAGGACAGUGGUCAAGCUUCCCCCAGUUCUACACAAUGUCGCGAAAAGGAAACAGCAAUUGAAAUGGAAGGAAAAGAAAGAAGUUAUGGAAGAAAGAGAAGAAGAGGAGAAGGACAAACUGGAACACUAUAAAGAUCACUCGCCAUUGCUGAUAGCAGCUAGCAAUGGGAUUAUAGAAAUCAUACACUUGUACCUUAAAGAACAUCCGGAGUCUAUAAAUCACUUCAGUGAAAGUGGCCAAAACAUACUGCACAUAGCGGUCAAGCACCGUCAAAGAGAAAUCUUCAAAUGGCUACAGGAUCAACCAGAGCUUCCCUCACUGGCUUCUCGAGUUACUCAAAGUAAUCGUACGGCAUUGCACCAAGUUGCGAGGAUGGAUUAUUACAGGGGAUCACCCCUACCUGGCGCAGCAUUCCAACUCCAAGAAGAGCUGGAUUGGUAUAAACGAGUGGAAAAGAUUGUUCCAUCCCACCUUCACAUGCAUUGUGACAGACAUCUACUAACAGCAGGAGAUCUUCUGGACAUAGAGCACGAUCAGAUGCUUGCAGACGCCCAACAAUGGAUAAAAGAUACCUCUCAGUCUUGCUCCACGGUGGCAGUCCUUGUGGCCACGGUGGUCUUCGCGGCGGCCUACACCAUACCGGGCGGGACCGAGGGUGGCUCCGCGCUGCUCUCCAGAGCUCCGGUGUUCAUAUUCUUCACCAUCAUGGACAUCGUGGCCCUUGCCUUCUCCUUGGCUUCGGUGGUGAUGUUUCUUUCCAUCCUCAAUGCGCCGUUUGAGCUGUGGGAUUUCCACAGGUCCCUGCCACGGAAACUGAGCAUAGGGUUUGCUUUUCUGUUCGUGUCGCUGACCACCACGAUGCUUGCUUUUAGUGCGACCAUUUUGAUCACAAUCAGGUUGCAAUGGAAGAACUGGACUUCGACCUUGGUGUACAGUGCUGCGCUCUUUCCUGUCACCGUAUUUGCCUUGAUUGAAUUCCCACUUUACAAGAAGAUUCCGAUUAUGUUCUCCAAGCUGUUCCCCAACUUAUGUAAGAAGAAGAUUUCAAUUGGUCGAUCAAGCAGAAGGGCUUAA